UAAAAGCAAAGCUAAAAAACUCGUUGGCGUUCAGUAUCCGAUCCGCGCUUUUAAGCAGCAAGCCAGCCAGCAGUAACCCGAAGAGGCCAGCCACAGAGCAGCGAAUUGCUUUUAAUUAGAUUUCUAAUCACCCUAAAAAACACACAACAAACAAAGCAAAAUGUCUUCUGAAGUGAGCAGCGACAACCCCAUCUAUGGCCCCUUCUUCGGAGUUAUGGGCGCCGCCUCCGCCAUCAUCUUCUCGGCUCUGGGCGCUGCUUAUGGCACUGCUAAGUCUGGUACCGGUAUUGCUGCCAUGUCAGUGAUGCGUCCUGAACUGAUCAUGAAAUCCAUCAUUCCUGUGGUCAUGGCGGGUAUCAUUGCCAUUUACGGUCUGGUGGUGGCUGUGCUCAUUGCCGGCGCGCUGGAAGAGCCCUCAAAGUACUCACUAUACAGGGGCUUCAUUCACUUGGGAGCCGGUUUGGCGGUGGGCUUCUCUGGCCUGGCAGCCGGUUUUGCGAUCGGCAUCGUGGGAGACGCCGGUGUCCGUGGUACAGCACAGCAGCCCAGACUGUUCGUCGGCAUGAUCCUGAUUCUCAUCUUCGCCGAAGUGUUGGGUCUCUACGGCUUGAUUGUGGCCAUUUACCUGUACACGAAAUAAAUCAAUCAAUGCAAACACACAACAACAAAUAGACAAACGGCGCCCAGCAAUCAGCAAACACCAAACAGCAAGGCUGUUGCAACAACAUCAGCAGCAGCAGCAGCUUCAAGGGGAGCAGGUAAAAUUGUGUCAACCAACCGUCGAGCAACAUGCAAUGUGCAACAUCCAACAAGCAACAUUAACUCGAGCAGUGUGUGUGCGGGGCAACCCAGGCGGGGGCCGUUUGUACAUAGGAAGAACAACCAAAACCAGUCCUGCCGGGCUGCAGGAUUCCGCCAUGCACUGUGCCCAUUGGUGGCCGCCAAUUUGCACCUGUUGCUCCCCCAGUUCACCUCGAUUUGCUGGCGCGUGGUUUAGCUUAGUUAUUUUCCGUUCAAAAUCAGUCUUAAACAUGAGGAAAACAAUUUGCAGUUAAGUUCAUAAAGUUGUAAUAAUUAUGAUUUUUGCUAUAUCAAGAAAUCCUUCUCUUUUACUUAUUAUUUUGCGCUCCACAAUUUUGUGUGCUCUUUGUUAUUUGUUUUUUCCAUUAUUAUUAUUAAAUAAUGUUUAGUGUAUAUGUAAAGUUCGUUAAACAAAAAGAAAAAAAUUGUAAAGAAAUCAACAACCAACAACAAUUGUCAGAAGAAACUUUGUACAUUUGCAUUGAGCCUGACGUGGCUGCAACAAAAUCAGAUCAACAAAUUUAGCGAAAGGGCCAAAACAACAACAAACAAACAAGCAGCAGCAGCAACAACAUCAAUGCUUCCGCCCGCUGUCAUCCGGCGCGACAUCGUACCGCUCUCCGCCGCAUACCGCUGUUUGGGCGCACUCCGCCCCCCUAGAAUUGGUGGGUGGGGUGGAAGCUCAGUACGGCGGGAGCUGGAGAGUUGUUGCUGGACGGCUGGGCGGGAUGCGGACGCUUGGCAAUACUUUAACGUCAACUGCGAAAAACCAACUACAUGCAAUCAUUCACACACACACACACAAAAAACCAACACACACACACACAUACAAAAUGUAACUAAGUCCUAUGUUUAUUUUUAAUUAUUGUUCAAUUCUAAGAAUAAUAUAUUAAAAAUUAAUAAUAAUAAAUUAUAUAUAUAAUUAUGAUUUUUUGUGAUAAGAAAAAGAUGGUAAUACAAACAAUUACGGUAUUGAUAUACAUAAUAUAUACAAAAUAUAUAUAUAUAUAUAAACAAGAACAAGAAAUCAUAAACAAUUAUACAUAUUAACAUGAGAAAGUUGUUAUAAAACGUACGAAACAAUACAAAUCAAGUGAAUGAAUGUACUGCGACAAAACUGAGAAAAACAAAAUACUGCAAAAUAACAACAACCACAACACACAAUUUUUCCGCUGUUAUUGUAUAGUAAAGAAAAUAUUAUAUAUAUAAAAUAUAUAUUAUGUAUAAAAUAUUAACAAGAAAUUGUAGUAGCAAAAUUAUAAACCAACAAACAAGAAUACCAAUAACAAAAGUCGUGCAAGCAGAACCCAAAAAAGCGUAGACGAAUGUUGCAAAUGAAACUCAUACCAACAAGAACAAGAACAACAACAACAACCGCAUUAGCAACAAGAAAUCUACUACAAAAAUCCAACAAAAAAAAAUUGUAAAAUCCCAACAAAUUAGAAGUUAUAAGCAGCAACA